UCAGCACGUCAGCAGACUCUGUAAGAUGGCAUCUAAAACAGAAGUAAAAGCUGCAUGGACAGAGAAACCCUCAUGUACUGAGGAGAAAAUAGGUAGUUUGUGGACUGAUUUUACCCAGAACACAGGCUUCCACGGAGUGAAUAAACUCACCCCCGGACGUCACUACAAGAUUAGAUGCUUUUCAUGGACUGUCGCAGUUUUGGCGAUGACAGCAUACAUGACCUACAACAUCACAAAGGAGAUGAUGAAUUACUACAGAUACCCAGUGAUGACUAACACGAAGGUGGAAGUCCUCGAGGAGCUGCCUUUUCCUGCCGUCACCUUCUGCAAUCUGAGUCCGUUUAAUCUAACCAAGAUUAAAGCAGUCGAUCCCUAUCUGGAGGAGUAUUUAACUAAAGUCAGCAUGUUAGGAUCAUUGACGGGAAAUCUAAAUUGGAGCGAUCCUGGCUACGGGUCAACAUUUCGGAAGAAUCACAAACACGACUGGUGGGAAAAUGUAUUUCCAUGACUCUAAACAGAAUGUUUUAUUUGUGUUUGAUGAAUGGUGUUGAACAUCACCCCUGCACAGCUGCAAUGAAACCUAUUUUCACUAACAUGGGUCUCUGUGCCACCUUUAAUUGGAAUGCUUCUGAUGUUGCUAAAGUUCGAAUCACUGGAUCAGACAACAAUCUCAUCAUGUAUGCCAAUAUUGAUCAGGCCAACUAUGUUCUUGGGUCCCAACUGGCUGCUGGGAUGAAGGUAAUAUUACACGACCCUCGUGUCCAUCCAGAUAUUGCGACAUCGUCCUUCCUGGCAGCUCCAGGGACAUCAACAUACGCUUCUGUCCACAGAUCAACGUUCGAGUACCUGCCACCACCCUAUCAGGCCUUCAAGAAUCGGACAUGCUUGGAUACUUUAUCACCCUCAUUUAAGAACACGCUGCAAUAUUUCGACACCUACACAUAUGAAAACUGUCUGCAGGAAUGCAUUACAGGGAUAACACGCAACCGUUGUGGUUGCAUAAAGGCAUCAGAUAACGCAACUUUUGGACCAAUUUGUUCCAUUUAUAUCUUCACAACCUGCUACGGUCCAACAUAUCAACAAUUUAUGCAAAAUGCGACUAUUCAGAAAUCCUGCGGCUGUCAAGUGCCAUGUUCAUUCGAGACAUACGAUGUCAAACUAUCCACAUCGAGGUACCCGUCCAAUGUGUCAGUGGCGCUCAUUCUGAAGCUUGGAUAUGCACCAGAUGAGGCAUUUAUCAGGGAAAACUAUCUUGAAAUAAGGUUGUUCUAUAACAACCUGAUCGUUCAGUCGACAUCUCAAACUCCACAGUAUACAACUGAGACCAUAAUAGGUAACCUGGGAGGUCAGAUGGGCAUCUGUCUCGGGGCCAGUAUCCUGACACUCACAGAACUCGGAGAGUUCCUCCUCAUUCUCAUUCUCACAAUCUUCAGGAGAUGGAAAUAUGGCGGCGAAGUCAAGCAUAUCAAACCUAUUCAUCACUGAAGUAAACUUGUCUACAGCCAAUUACGCACAAUUUUAAGUAGUUGAAUAUACUUUGAAAAGUAAAAUUAGAAGCAUAGGACAGUUAUUAUUUCCAGUACUUUAAGCGGAUCAAUUUAUAUUUCAAACAUCUUGAUAGGUCUUUAUACUUUUAUGCUAAUUGGUAGUCAAAGAUAAUAGUUGUACAUCACAAAAGGAGUGAUUUAACUGAAUUUGAAAGUUUGAAGUUGUUAUUAAAAUAAACAGAAAAAUAGUCACUCUCCUCAGAAAGCCUGUGAUUUGCCCAUGUGACUCCUAAUAAGUCCUUCGCAUCAUUCGGAUCGUCGUGUUCACAGUAUCAA